AGAGUACGAAUCGGUAUCGAACAAUUCCGUAUACUAAAUUUCACAGGAUAUACAGGGUAUUUGACAUCUAUUAAAUUUAGAUUAAAAAGGUUCGUGCAUCUUCGAUAACUGUGAAAGUAGAAAGAAAAACAGACGAUUGGAGAUUCGGAAUUUCUAUGAAUGAGGAACACCUGUAGAGGUUGAAAUUAGUUAAAGGGAUAGCCUUGUCAUUCAGGCGAUAUUACAACUGCUACAUGCAUGUUUUUACUGUGGAAUAUAUAAUGUAGAGCUCUGCACUGUGCCACCGUAGUGAUAAAAUUUGAAGAAAAAAUCCAUUUUUGCAAGAUGAAACCAAAAUUAUAUUUUGUGGAUUACAUUACGUGGAAUAUAAUGUUUGUAGUGGUGAUGUUAAUUUCCUUGACUGCCGCAAUGGCAUGUCCAAAGGAAUGUGUUUGUCAACAAAAAACUGUAGAUUGUAGUUAUAAAAAAUUACGAAUUAUACCAAGUGGAAUUCCUCCAGCAACGCAGCGCUUAGAAUUACAAGGCAAUAAUAUAACGGUGAUCAGAAGAAAUGAUCUACAGAAUUUAAACAAUCUAAAAGUUUUACAAUUGCUAGAAAACAAGAUACAUACUAUUGAGCAGGGAGCAUUUCGAGAUCUUGACCAAAUGGAAAGAUUGAGAAUAGACAGAAAUGAACUGACGGAGCUUCCUGACAAUUUGUUUGCUUCAAUGAAAAAGCUUCAAAGAUUAGACCUGAGCUACAACAAGCUGAAAGUUAUUGGAAAAAAGACAUUGACCGGAUCCACUGUUCUGCGUAAUUUACAAUUGGACCACAAUGAGCUGGAGUGUGUAUCGGAGACAGCACUUAAACCCCUUCACAACAUGGAAAUCUUGACCCUGAACUACAAUAAGCUGACAUCCCUACCUAAGAAUCUCUUUGACAACAUGAACAGUCUACGGACACUGAGACUGAUAGAUAACAAGUUUGUAUGCGACUGUCAUUUGGCCUGGCUGUCUCAGUGGCUGAAGGAGCACCCUAGCCUGGGUCUGUACACGGAGUGUUCAGCCCCGCCCAACUUACAGGAUAUAGAAGUGGAUGAGGUCCAUCCAUUCAGCUUCCAGUGCUCUGCUGGUCAGGACACUGCACAGCAGCACAGUGAUAGAUGUUCCUCCGUGGCUUCCUGUCCCAAAAAAUGCCGCUGUAGUAAUGGCGUAGUGGACUGCCGCAACGCGGGACUUACCGAGUUCCCGUCAUUGUUUCCUGAUGAUGUUACUGAAAUUCGCUUGGAGCAAAAUCACAUUGUCAUCGUCCCCUCCCGAGCUUUUGCUGAUCUAAAGAAACUUCGGAGAAUUAACUUGAGCAACAACAAAAUCGGGGAGAUCGCUGCUGAUGCCUUCACUGGUCUGACAUCACUUAAUUCUCUGGUGCUUUACGGGAAUAAGAUAAGCGACCUGCCUCCUGGCCUGUUCAAGGGCCUUUCUUCUCUACAAUUACUCUUGCUAAAUGCAAACCAGAUAAAGUGUAUACGAGUAGAUGCAUUCCAAGACCUCUCCAGUCUCAAUCUUUUGUCUCUUUAUGAUAAUAAGAUUCAGUCCUUAGCCAAUGGAACAUUUGCUCCACUGAAAAAUAUCAAGAAUUUGCACCUGGCCCGUAAUCCAUUUAUCUGCGACUGUAACCUGCAGUGGCUGACAGAAUAUCUACAUCAGAACCCAAUAGAGACCAGUAUCGCACGGUGUGAGGCUCCAGGCCGCAUGAAGCGCAAGAAGAUCGCCACAGCUAGAGCUGGAAAGUUCAAGUGUAAAGGUUCAGAAAUGCACCGAACUAAGAAUGCAGGGCAGUGCUUGAUAGACAUUGAGUGCCCAAAACAGUGUGUUUGUCAAGGCACUGUGGUAGAUUGCUCUGGAAGACAUCUCACCAAAAUACCAGAAAAUAUGCCCAUUUAUACCACAGAAUUAAAACUUCAGAAUAAUCAAAUCGAUAAAAUUGAGGCAAAUGGCUUAUUCAGCAAACUCGUUAAUCUACAAGUCUUAGAUCUGAGUAGUAAUCGUCUUACGGAGAUAGAGGCAGGCACAUUUAAUGGGGCAAAGAAGCUGAUAGAUGUAGAUUUUUCUAGUAACAGAAUUGGGAAGCUCUCAGGGAAAUCUCUCCGUGGUCUGGAAACUGUCAGAACCUUGAUUAUUGAGAAAAACCGAAUUACCUGCCUGAGUAACACAACAUUAAACUCUCUGACAGAGCUUCGGCAGCUGUCUCUCUAUGGCAAUGAGAUUAGAUGUAUAUCGGAGGGUGCAUUUGAUAAACAAGCUUCUCUGUCUAUUUUAAACUUGGAGUCUAAUCCCUUUAACUGUAACUGUCACAUGGCUUGGCUGAGUAGCUGGUUAAAGAAGAAUAAUGUAAUUGCUGGUGUCCCUACCUGCUUCCUUCCAUCUCGUCACAAGAACGUUCCCGUACUAACAAUUAAAGAAGAAGAAUUCAUCUGCCCGACUGAUGCAGAUAUUGGAUGUAACACUGGAAUUUCCCCCUGCUGCUCAGAAACCGUAAACACAGCCGUUGGUAGCUGUGACCCCCGGGCAUACUGCCCCCCUAGGUGUACCUGUACAGGAACAGUUGUGAGAUGUAGUCGCCAGGGUCUUAAUGAGGUCCCCCCACUAAUUCCAGAAGACACCACUGAACUGUAUUUGGAUGUAAAUAAUAUUAAGCACCUCCCUUCAGAAAUUGGUCGUCUGACAAAGCUUCAGAGAUUAGACCUCAGUAAUAAUAAUUUGGUGACCCUGCCUGAUCAUAUAUUCUCUAACUUCACCAAUUUAGCCACAUUAAUUUUAAGUUAUAAUCAAUUAGAAUGUAUGGCACCCACAAGUUUUUCUGGACUCCAUAAAUUAAGAAUUUUAUCUCUACAUGGUAAUAAUAUUUCAUCUAUACCAUAUGGAACUUUCAAGGACCUAACUUCUUUAACACAUUUGGCCCUGGGAGGAAAUCAGCUAUACUGUGACUGUAACCUUAAAUGGCUGUCUGACUGGAUUAAGAAGGAUUAUGUGGAAUCUGGAAUCGCCUCCUGUGUGGGCCCCAGCUCCAUGUUAAACAAGCUCCUCCUGACCACACAGUCUUCUCUGUUCCUCUGUAAUGGACCACCUGACCCUGAGGUGAUGGGAAAGUGUAAUGCCUGUCAAAGACAGCCAUGUCUUAAUGGAGCCACCUGUAAGAGUGUGGACUUUAAGAACUACAGCUGUGAAUGUCCAGCGGGGUUCCACGGGGAAAAGUGCGAGAACGAAAUCAACGCUUGUUUUAUAAAUCCAUGUCUCAAUGGUGUUUGUGAAGUAUUGGAUCAUGGAAGAUUUAGAUGCAAAUGUAACAACGGGUUUCGAGGUGACCGAUGUGAAAUAAACAUUGAUGACUGCACAGGUCAUGCUUGUAUGAAUAAUGGUUCCUGUAUAGACCUAGUGGAGGGGUAUACCUGCUCUUGUGCCCAAGGUUACACAGGCAAGAUGUGUCAGCAGAAAAUCAGAUAUUGCCAUGGAAAUUACAACUUCUGUCUGAACGGGGGCACCUGUGUGAACCAGGACACAGAUUACAGCUGCAAGUGUCCCACGGGUUACGGCGGAAAGAACUGCUCGGAGAACCUUGACGAUUGUAAGUCCCACAUAUGUCAGAAUGGUGGUCGGUGUGUGGACGGCCUGGGGACCUACUCCUGCUACUGUCCCCGGGGAUACUCUGGACGAUUCUGUGAAAUAGCCCCCCUUGCUGUUAACAAUCUCUUCUCUUAUAAUAGUCUCUGCAAAUCUCAUGCCUGUCAAAAUAAUGGAGUGUGUUAUGUACCCAAGGGUGGGUCACACUACAUGUGCCAGUGUGCUCCAGGUUUCUCAGGAAAGAAGUGUGAAAAGCUGACCAGUGUUUCAUUUGUUGCUGAUGACUCCUAUAUACAGAUGCCUCAGAUUGACUUUCAGUCCAUGGUUAAUAUCACCAUGGAAAUGAAGACCAAGUCCGACUCGGGUGUUAUAUUCUAUAUUGGAGCUGAUCAACAUUUAGCGGUAGAGCUGUUCCGGGGUAGAAUAGGGAUCAGUUUCUUCACCGGGAAGUCCCCCCUCUCCACAAUGUACAGUUACAUAUUUAGUUACGUAACAGUUAAUGAUGACCGUCUUCAUACCAUAGAACUUAUCGUCCAUCACCGUAACUUUACCAUGCGUGUGGAUGGGGGCGUGUCUCGGUCAGUCGUUAACAUGGGGGAGAGUGAAUAUCUAAAUGUAAAGGAUGAUAUGUUUAUUGGUGGACUUUCAUCUGAAAAAAGCACGGAGGCUCUUAAGAAAUUCCAGAUAAGGAGUCAGACCAGUUUCAAAGGUUGCUUUCAUGGUUUUUACAUAAAUGGAAAACAACUGGAUUUCAGUUCAUCUAAAUAUAACCAUAAGGUCAUGCCAGGAUGUAAAGUAGAUCCUUGCGCUAAUAAUAAAUGUAAAAAUGGUCAGUGUAAACCUAGGAAAAAGAAGGGAGGCUAUCGCUGUAAAUGUAGGAGAGGGUACUCAGGCAAAUUCUGUAACCUUGUUCCAACAUGUAAACCGAAAGUAUUCCGUAGCAGAUAUACUCAUCCAGUAACGAAAUGUACUUCAAAAACACGCAUAAAAUUCAGGAGUUGUGAAGGAUCAUGUGGAAAAGACUGUUGUAAACCAAGGAAAAUAAAAACACGUAAAGUCAGACUUUAUUGUAAAGAUGGAUAUUCAUACAUUCAUAAUCUUGCAGUAAUCCGAAAAUGUGGUUGUAGAAAGUGCCAGUAAUCUCACUACACAUUUGUGACUUCGUAACAUUGUCCUUGUCAUGUGUACGUAACUUUGAACAAUUGUCUGUGUCAGACAGUGGUUGGAGAAUCUAUGUACCUGUGAAGUCCUGUGUAUUUCAAAUGAAGAGAACUGCCACAUCAGGCAAAUUAUGUGUGUACAAAAAUGGAUGUCUGCCAUCUUGGACAGAUAAUAUUUUUGUUAUGUGUUGCACUUUUGACAUUCGAAGUGUGUUCAGAGUUUUCAGUUCUAACUCCAGAGCUGGCAAAAAAAUGUGAGGUUUACUCAUUUUGCCCAUUAUGAUAAGAAAUACAGGAAGGUUACUUUUCCUACAGUUCACUUCUCAGAACUUUCAGGGCCAGCUAUGUGUAAACCUGUUUCAAUGGAGUGAACAUUGACACGAGAACAAAUUAGUUAUGGUUCACACCUGGCAAAAGACCUUACAUGACAAAGGUUGUGACAGACUUGUGAACAGCACAAUGAUACAUAAAUAUACAGAAACUUGUGUGUUUCUGUUCAAUUACCAUAAGUCUUGUAGAUUUUGUUAGUGCAUGUACAGCAUUCUAAGUAAAUUGUUUUCACUUGAAAGUAAAAUGUUUGUUUCAGUAUGUGAUGUUAUUUUGAAUGGCAAAUAUUUAUUUGAAACACAUUUCAGGUGCAUUGAUACACAUAUCUUUUUUGUAAUAUAUUGAUGUGUUAUCAGGUUUAUCAGCUUUUAAGUAAAAGAGCAGAAAUAUAUCUGCAAUAAAGCUGAUUGACAUUAUUGCACCUAAUUAUUCUGCCAGUUGCUAACCCUAAAAAAUUAUGUGAGAGAUGAGGUAAAUUAACUUGUCCUGACUGUAUUACGCAAUACUUUGUUGGAAGGUAUGAUCUUUAUUGUAAUGUAUGUAUUUCAUUUGUAAUGUGUUGUUGUUUAUAGUUUGUAGCUUGUUAUCUUUUAUUUUGAAUAAGAAAAAAAAACAAAUUUAUAAUAAGUAUUUUCCCAAAUAAGUAUCCAUGAUGCUUCAAAAAUUGUUAAAAGGGCUUUUCUAGAAUCUAUUUUAAAGUAAGUGAAUGUAUAAAGUGCCCAGAUACAAAGUUUCUUUUUUUCUUCAAUAAUAUAUCUUUUCUGCAUGCUAAUUAAGAUGUUUAUAUAAAUGUGAUACUCUGUGCAAUUGAUAAAUAAUAUGGGGACUAAAGAUUAAAAUAUUCUUCACAGAAUAACAAGAAGGGAUGCAUGAUUAUAGUAGCAUGGGUGCUUAUUGGGACAAGUACGGUUUUAGAAGACCUCGUGAAUUGUCAUGAGGCUACAAUUGGACCUUCAAAGUAAACUAGAUUUUUAUUAUUAUAUCCAAGCACUGCCCAUAAUGUUUGUCUGCAGUUGUGAUUUUUUUUUUUCAAUAUGACCACUCAUUUAUAACUUGAUGAGGAAAAAAAAUUGUUUUGGGUUUUCAUCAUUUAACAAUUCAGACACUGGUCUGAUGUAGUUUGCCGUGAUUUUUGUACCAUAUUGGUGUUUGUGUGGAAUUGUCAAGACGAAGUACUUUCAAAGAGACUAAAUUGGAUAAAAUGUUAAGGUGGGUUAACUUCUAUGACUUUUUUCAUUCUGAGAGAGAGAAAAAUCGUGCCCUUGAAAGUCUACCUCAGCUGUAUUGGGUUAUGUUUUUACUUUAUAGAAUUAAUGUGUAUUUAAAAUGAAACUAGACAAAUGUACAUUUAUUUCAUAUCCCCCAUCUCUUUCAUUUUACUUUGUUAAUCCCAUUGCUUUAUUUAAGAAAUGCAUUUUUUUCACCAACACAUUAUUAUGAGACAAAUUUGAUAUAUCUUGCAAAUUUAUAUUGAGAAUGUUUCAUUGCAAAAUUAAUAUUUUGUACAGAACAAGAGUAAUACAAACUUUGUAACUUUGUUACUUAUUGUUGAACAUGGCUGAAAAAUAAAAGUCAUUUUCUUCUA